AUUGCUAGGCAAGAGCUUAUCUGUAGCUUCUGAUAACUGGAUGCACAAGCAGGAGUCUGUAUCCCACCCUGAAUACAGCAAUCAAAGCUGCGAAUAAAGCAAGAUCAGAAAUAUGAAGUUGGAGGUGCCAGAAAGUUUUGACGAUGUUGCUGUUGAGUUUUCCAGAGAUGAGUGGGAACUUCUGACCAAAGAGGAGAAACAGUUGCACCAGGAGGUGAUGAUACAGAACUUUGAGCACAUGGUCUCAGUAGGGUGCAACGUUCCAGUAGAAAAGCUGUUGCUUCUAAUUAAAAAACCUGAUGAGCUUCCAUUUAAUAUUUUGGAGCAAAAUACAUCUACACUGAAAAGGGAUCAAACCAUCAGCAGGUCAGAGGAAUGCAAGAUUCAGAGUCAGAAUUCAUCGUUGAAGAAUCUCAUGACAUCCCGCACCAAGCACUAUAUUGACAACACAGCUGUUACAAGACAUGAGGCUGCUCAUACAAAAAACCAGCAGCAUAAAUGUGAGGAGUGCAACUUGGCUCUUAGCCAGAAGCAUGAGUUAAAAUGUCUACAAAAUCAUGCUGCAAAUAAAUUUCAUACAAAAGGUAAUCGUAAAAAGAGUUUCACUUUUCCAUUUACCUUAAAAGCACAUCAUUGUGCUAAAACCAGUGAGGGAAUUAGGAAUGGGUCCUACUCCCAGCGUAUCCUUACCAGGUCAAGAAGACUUAGAGAGUGGAAGAAAUGCAAGGAUAAUGAGGUUACAACCCAAAAAUUCUCCAGUUCAGGGAAACCAUGUACAUUUGGCACGUGUAUCAAGACCUUCACAGAGAAGUAUAAAUGUAUACAAAGCAUGUCUGUCAAGAGUCAUGAGAUGCCAUAUAAAUGUGCCACAUGUGACAAAUGUUUUCCAUGGAGGAGUACGCUCACACGACAUGAGAAUAGCCACAAAACAGAGAAACAACAUAAAUGUAACACUUGUGGCAAAUGCUUAACAGGAAAGGGCUACCUCACAAACCAUGAGAGAAGUCACAGUGGAGAAAAGCCAUUUAAAUGUGCAACUUGUGGGAACAGUUUUACAAUGAAGGGCACCUUAACUGCACAUGAAAGAAAACACAGUGGAGAGAAACCAUACAGAUGUGAAGUUUGUGGCAAGAGUUUUAUACAGAAGAGCCGCCUUAGUAGCCAUGAGAAGAUCCACACUGGAAUCAAACCCUUUAAAUGUACAAUGUGUGACAAACAUUUUAUAAAGAAAGGCAACCUUACAGCCCAUGAGGAGAACUGUAGUGGGGAGAAGCCAUAUACAUCUGCCAUUUGUGGCAAAAGAUUUAGACAGAAGGGCCAUCUUACAGUUCAUGAGAAUAUACACUGUGGACUGAAGCCAUAUAGAUGCACCACAUGUGGCAAGAAAUUUACACAGAGGGGUCAUCUUGCAGUUCAUGAGAAAAUGCACUCUGGAGUGAAGCCAUACAGAUGUGCAAUUUGUGACAAGAGCUUUACAACAAAGGGCAGCCUUAGAAGCCAUGAGCGAAUCCACAGUGGUUACAAGCCUUUCAAAUGUACAUUUUGUGGCAAAGGUUUUAUACAAAGGUAUUAUGUUACAAUACAUGAAAAAAUCCACACUGGGGAGAGAUCCUAUAAAUGUGAAAAAUGUGGCCAAAGUUUUGCAUACAAGAGCAGCUUAACUGUACAUGAAAGAAAACACAGUGGAGAGAAACCGUACACAUGUGAAGUUUGUGGCAAGUGUUUUAUAAAGAAUGGCCACCUCAGAAACCAUGAGAAGAUCCACACAGGAAUCAAAUCAUUUAAAUGUGCAAAGUGCGGCAAGUGUUUUAUAAACAAAAGUAACCUUAGAGCUCAUGAGAUGAACCAUAGUGGGGCGAAGCCAUAUACAUGUGCCAUAUGUGGCAAACGAUUUAGACAGAAGGGUCAUCUUACAGUUCAUGAGAAAAUACACUCUGGACUGAAGCCAUAUAGCUGCACAAUUUGUGACAAGAGCUUUGCAAGAAAGGAUGGCCUUACUGUCCACAACAGAAGCCACAGUGGACAGAAGCCAUACAAAUGUGCAUUUUGCAGCAAAGGUUUUAGGCAAAAGUAUUAUGUUUCAGUACAUGAAAAAAUCCACACUGGGGAGACACCCUUUAAAUGUGCAAAAUGUGGCCAGGGUUUUACAUACAAGAGCACCUUAAUUGUCCAUGAAAGAAGACACAGUGGAAAGAACCCAUACACAUGUGCAGUGUGUGGCAAGAGUUUUACACGGAACCACAACCUUCGCAUUCAUGAGAAAAUUCACACAGGAGAAUGACUUAAAAAACUGUAUAGCUCUUCAGAUGAGGAAUUGAAAGCACAACUGAAAGUUGUCAAAACUUUUUCAGCUGAUACAAGAAUGUCAUUUGAUCUUGA